AUGGAGAUCCAAGACAGAACUGAUCUCUGUUUCCCACAUCUCCUCAACAGCUCCUGCAGGAAGCCCACACUUCACUGGUCUGAAGCCGUUCUCCUGAACUCUGUAAUGUCUUUCAUCUCACUGAUCACCGUAGCGUUCAACCUGCUCAUCAUCAUCUCAGUCUCCCAUUUCAGGCAGCUUCACACACCCACUAACAUCCUCCUCCUCUCUCUGGCUGUGUCAGACUUUCUUGUUGGUCUACUGUUGAUGCCUUUAGAAAUCUACAGAAGCACAGCCUGCUGGUUUCUUGGUGACGUCGUCUGUGUUUUGUACUUUUAUCUAGUUGUUCACAUAGUCUGUACUUCCACUGGGAACAUUGUUCUCAUUUCAGUCGACCGCUAUGUUGCCAUUUGCGACCCUCUGCAUUACCCCACCAGAAUCUCCACGGCAAAAGCCAAAUGCUGUGUGUGUGUGUGCUGGCUGUGGAAUGCCCUCUACGGCGUGUUCUUUUUGAAGGAUGACAUGAUCCAACCGGGAAGAAGUAACUCCUGCACUGGAGAAUGUGCACUUCUCAUUAACUUUGUUGCUGGAACUCUCGAUGUCGUUUUGAACUUCGUGUUUCCUUUGACCAUCAUCAUAGUUCUCUACAUGAAAGUGUUUGUGGUGGCCGUGUCUCAGGCCCGUGCUGUGCACUCUCACGUUGCAGUCAUCACACUCCAACAUCCACAAAGUUCAACAGCGACAAAAUCCGAACUGAGAGCAGCCUGGACGCUUGGGAUUCUUAUUGUCAUAUACCUUGCAUGUUUCUGCCCCUAUUGCUUUUAUUCUCUUAUUGAAGUUAAUCAGUCCAGCACGUCUCAUGGUUCACUUGUGGUUUUUCUGUUUUAUCUAAACUCCUGUCUAAACCCUGUGAUCUAUGCGCUGUUUUACUCGUGGUUCAGGAAAGCCAUCAAACGCAUCAUCAGUCUGCAGAUACUGGACCCGGGCUCCCGUGAGGCCAACUUACGGUAA